CUCCUCCAGCAACUGACUGGAGAAACAGGUUUUUUCUAAAAGAGGAAGCUAAACUUCCUCUUCUGGGUUGUGCCUUCUGCUGGCCGAGGCUUCAUAAACCUGCUGAUCCGUCCACGUCAAGGAUGCAGGACUGGUGCGUCGUGUUGUUUUUGGCUCAUGCCGUCCUCAGCUGUUCCUCGCUUAUGACAGACCCAACGUUUGAAGAGUGGAGAAUCAAAUACUCCAGAGUUUAUUACAACCAGACCGAGCUGGUCUUCAGGAGAUCGGUUUGGGAGAAGAACCUGCGCUUGGUGUCCACACACAACCAGGAGGCCUCGGCGGGGAAACACAGCUUCACGCUGGGGAUGAACCACCUGGCUGACAUGACAACUGAGGAGAUCAACGAGAAGCUCAACGGCUUGAAACUGGAGGAGCCCCUUGAUUUUGGGAAUUACACAUUUAAGAAUUUGUCUGGCCUAUCGAUACCCCAGAGUGUGGACUGGAGGACGAGCGGCCUGGUGAGCCCCGUCAGAGACCAGGGGCUCUGCGGCUCAUGUUGGGCCUUCAGCUCUCUGGGAGCUCUUGAGGGCCAAAUGAAGAAGCAAACGGGCAUCCUAGUUCCGCUCAGUCCACAAAACCUGCUGGACUGCAGCACUGCGGACGGAAACCUGGGCUGCAGAGGAGGCUACAUCACUAAAGCCUACAGCUACGUCAUCCGCAACAGAGGCGUCGACUCGGAGAGCUUUUACCCCUACGAACAUCAGAAUGGGAAAUGUCGCUAUUCUGUCAAAGGAAAGGCUGGUCGUUGCUCCAAGUUCCACGUCCUUCCCCGGGGAGACGAGAGGGCUCUGCAGGCGAUUGUGGCUUCAGUGGGGCCGGUGUCUGUGGCCGUCAAUGCCAUGCUGCCCUCCUUCCACAAGUACAAAGGAGGGUUGUACUCCGAGCCGGACUGCAACCCCACCCUCAUCAACCACGCGGUGCUGGUGGUCGGAUACGGCGCGGCCGCGGGGCGGGACUACUGGCUGGUGAAGAACAGCUGGGGAACUGCAUGGGGAGAGGCCGGCUUCAUCCGGAUCGCCAGGAACCAGAAGAACCUCUGCGGCAUCGCGUCUCUGGCCGUCUACCCGACCCUGUAGACGAGAACCGCAUCUACAGCACCUUUAGGAUGAUUUAUGGUUCUGCGUUACACCAACGCAGAGCCUACGGCAUACGCAGCGCGUCGCCGCGUACCCUACGCCGUAGGCCUGCGUCGAUUUAACGCAGAACCAUAAUUCAGGCUUUAUUUAUUGUAAAUCCCAAAAUUGUGUGUGCGUUUGUUUUAACUUGAACGUAUAUAGGUAGACAAGAGUAUUCAAUACUGCAUUACUGGAGUUUAUUUAAACAGAUUUUUUUAUGUUGUAUUUUCUUUUUGGAUUUUAAAGUAAAAUAUGUUAAACA